AUGUCCCUGAUUCGUACCAACCGGUUCGUUCUCAAUCAUAACCCUUGGAAAUACAAUAAUCUAAUCACAAUAAGAUGCUUUUCGAAAAAAUCUGACGACAACUUGGGUGUUUAUGGACAUGAGAAACCAGAAAACCCAUGGGACGAUGCCAGUUAUCGUUCACUUAAAUAUGAACCUACACUCACAGGAUCGCCUAUAAUGACCGUUUUUAACAUGACUAGACCAGGUACUCAACCUUUUAUAGAUGAAUCGCUGGAUGUAAUGCCUCGUAAUUUUUUUGGGAUCCCCGCGACAAUCCCUCCUGAAAUUGGUUCCAGGAUUGAACAUACAUACCGUUUACCACCCCAAUUCUAUCCUUUUCUGAAAAAACUGGGCGAUGAUACUCCAUCCCUAAAACCAUAUAUGGAUAAACUGAUACGCGGUGAAUUUACAUUUGAUGAUUAUGAGGAGAUGUUUUACAAAUUUUCCAAGCCUCUCAAGAUUUACCGCAAACUUAUCGCCAUGCCUUUUAGGACUGCACAAGAAAAGUUGUGCGAAGAUCUAGUCUCUUGGGAAAGUGCCUGGUAUACCUAUCGGCAACAGGUUGCUGCUGAAUAUAACGUUGUAAUAUCACUAAGGGAAUAUAUAUUAGGGAUGCUAAUUGGAAUAUACUUUGCCUAUUUAUGGAAGGAAAUGAAUUGGCAAUAUAGGGCAGAUAUGAGACUUUUUUAUUCGAGUGCCCCGGAGCAUAAGAUUAACUGGGUUAAGCCAAGGGGGGACCUAGUUUGA